AUGUGGGCUGCACUUACAGAAUAUUUCUACAAUCCAAAUAUGAUAGACUAUAAGCAUCACACUUUGAUUCAUAUGCGGGAGCGUUGGAACAAAUGGAGAUCUAUCUUGUAUCGUCAAUAUGCAAAGACAUGUGGCAGUCAAGAAGAGGCUUUGAAAAAUAAGCCAGAUGCUGUAGCUAACAAAGAAGAUUGGGAAUGGUGUGUGAACCAUGUUUUCUACACUGCUGAGUUUCAGAAAUUGAGCAAGAAUAAUGCACUGAAUAGAAUGAAGAAAUCCAUGAAUCAUCAUAGUGGAAGCAAGCCUAAUCGAGAAUAUUAUUAUGAAAUGGGUGGAAAAGAAGGGACUCCUCCAACUAUUGAUCAGGUGUUUUUUGAGACACACAAAACUGGUGAUGAGAUAAAAGAACAAGCUGCAAAAGAAAGAUUUGCCGGACUGGUUGAAACACGCGAAGCUAAUCCAGAUUUGGAGCCAUUAGAGUUAGCCGAGAAGUGUUUUGGAGAACAAAAUCAUGGACAUAUAAUUGGGUAUGGAGGUGGGUUGAGGCCUAAAGACUUGAAGGGUUCAGAUGCACUAAGCAGGGCAGAACUGGCAAGCCAACUGAGACACUCUAAUGGAGAAAAGGCAGACAUGGCAACUAUAAUAGCGGAUCAAGCCAAACUGAUUUCUGAAAUGAGAGUGAUGAUGGAAAGGAUGGACCAAAGAUCUGGAGCGGAGGAGGGGAGGGGAGCUGUUGGUGCUGCUGGUGGUGGCUGGAGCGUUGGGGGAGCUGCUUUUGGUGGCUGGAGCGGAGGGGAGCUGCUGGUGGCUGGAGUGUUGGGGGAUUUGCUGGUGGUGUUGGUGGUGUCUAUAGUGGAGGGGAGCGAAAUAGAGUGUUGA